AUGUUUAAGUACCUCUCCCUGGCAGUUAUACUAGGAGCCGCUUGCGCUGCGCAAGCGGCGUCGGUGGAGCUUCAGCCUCGGAAUCCGCUCUGCACGGAACGGAAUGGAUACUUCUCCGUCGAGGGCAAAUGUGAUUCUUACAUCGAGUGCAGGGAUUUCUCUGCAAAUGAGAUGCUGUGCCCUGAUGGUCUUCACUACAACCCCCGUGCGGCUUGGCCGGACUACCCCUGCGGAUACCCCUCGGAUGUCUCCUGUGAAGGCAGAGGAGUACCACAGCCUGCAUUGCCUACAGCUGAAUGCCCGCACGAGUACGGGUUCUUCCCAUCCCAGUUGGCGCAACCGGAGGCGGGCCACUGCGGGCAGUACCGCAUGUGUGUGGCAGGCGUGGCCAUCGAGAUGAUGUGCCCGCCAGGCCUGGCGUUCAACCCUGACAAUGCGCGCUGCGACUGGCCCGAUCUCGUGCCCAGCUGCAAAGUCGAAGCGUAUCUAGGCUUCCAGUGCCCGCCUGCUCCACUCGGCGAGAACGGUGAACCACUUGAAGUUGUAAACUACAAAUUCGAAGACAACUGCUAUGCCUUCUACUCCUGCGAACAUGGAAAACCUCGACUCCUCUCCUGCGACGAAGGUUUAGCCUUUGACGCGGCGAGCGGACACUGCGUUGACGCUGAUAAAGUCGCCUGCGCAGGUAACAAAGCUCCUUUCGUCGUUGCUUAG